AUGUCGAUUCCACUGGAGAACUGGGGCCAGCUGAAGCUGUCGGUGGCCAAGUCGGAGCUGAAGUCCGAGGGCGAUGCGGACGCAAAGAAGGGCGAGUGUGCGCUGGAGCUGCUCGCGCUCCCAAAAGGGAAGGCAAAGGACAACCCCAACUACGUGCCACAUCCAAUAUUGAGCAUCCCCAUCUCGGCCAUCGCGAGUGCCUCGGGCACCACGAAGAAUGACGUCAGUCUUAUCAUGCGACCAACGGCGACGGCCGGCGCGGAGGACUUGGAGCUGAGGUCGAUCCGCUUCGCUGUGCCUAACGUCUGCGUCGGUUAUGAAGAGACGGAGAUGGCUGGCAAGGUUAUUUUGCAGGAUAUUCAGAGCAGCAUGAUGCAGUACCAGGAACAGUUUCUCCAGCGGCACGGCAGUGGCGGCCAGGGCGGCAAACUGCUCGCUCUCGCCGCGAUGGGCAGUGGCCAUGCCAAGCAUACGGAUGAGGUGGUGGUGGCCACUUUCGAUGACGUACUCCUCUCGUACCCGUCUGGCAAGUACAAGAUUGUCAUCUCGAACUACAACGUGGUGCUGGAGGACAAGAAGAAGGGCGCCUCGAGCGGUCUCCUUAGCUUUUCCCUCUCGGACAUUCAGAACCUGUUCCUGUGCGAUGUACCCGUGUACUUCUCCGCCACAGAGGAGGUGGACGCGAACAGCUUGCCGCAGUACGUCGUGCUGAUAUUGAAGAACCCACUGAAGAUUCGCACGACAACGUACAACCACGUUGUCAUUUCCUGCCCGGCCGGCUUGAGCCUGGAUGAGGAGCACCCGUGGUGCUGCGAGCUCAAGACGCAAGACGAGAUCAACAAGACGCUCCAGCUUCCUCCGACGAAGGAGGGCGAGGAGCCGCCGUUGGUGCCAACGAUGAGCGGCCGUGUGAGCGACAUUCUCACACGCACUUUCAAAGCGAUCGCCAAGGUGCCCGCGUACGGCGGCGUCAACAAGGAGUACAAAUCGGUGCUCACCAGCCACACACAGUCUUCGAUGCGGUGCCUCUUUCACGGGGCGGAGGGGCUGCUGUACAUUGUCAACAGCGGCUUUCUCUACCUGCACCGCCCUGCCACCCGUAUCCUGUUUAACGAGGUCGCACGUGUGGAGCUGGACGAGUCGGAAAGUGGCCAGGCCACCUUUCAGCUCAUCGUCUUCACAGCGGGAGAAAAGGGCAACGACAAGUACGUCUUUUCGGGUAUUGCGAAGGAAGAGAAGGAGGGUCUCCUCAGCUACCUCGCUACCAAGGUGACAGUCGUGCACACUGGCGGCGGCGCCAUUGAGAGUGAUGACGACGACGAGAAGGACGACGCCUCAGACGAAGAAGACGAGAGUGAUGACUCAGACUACGACGACUCGGACGCCGAUGAAGACGACAGCGGCGACGAUGACGGCGACCAUGGCAGCUCUCGCAAGCGGAAGCGCGAGGAUAAAAAGCACAAGAAGGAUAAAAAGCACAAGAAGGAUAAAAAGCACAAGAAGGACAAGAAGGAUAAAAAGCACAAGAAGGACAAGAAGCACAAGAAGCACAAGAAGGACAAGAAGGAUAAGCAUGAGAAGAGCGACACUUGA